AUGUCUGGCGUAUGUAUUGUGCUGACCUCAUCUAGUUUUGUACACGUGGAAACACGACGCAAAGCGCACGCGCAGACGGAAGUUAAGGGCAAUAACUGCUGUUUGAACGGAGGUAAAUGCAUCUUGAACACCUUCUGCCACUGUCCCAAAUCUUUCUACGGACGCUUUUGCGAGAACGGAAUGCGUCAUAAGUCUUGUGGUACUAUACGUCACGGCACGUGGAUGGCGUCAGGAUGCCACCUGUGUCACUGUUUUGAUGGCAACAUGAGGUGCAAGGCGACCAAGAUUCCCGGAUGUGAGCAUCAAGCGUACGAAGAGGGGCGUGAAAACAAUCCAGAUUUUCUCGGUGAUCUCGACAACAAGAUUAAAAACCCAAACGACUUUUACCAGGAAUACGACGAAUAUCAGAAUGACGUCACAUCCGCUUCAGAAACGUUCAUGUUGUCUGCACCUGCUAUAAUAGCAACAUUAACCAUGCUGCUUGUGAUAUCAAGUUGAAAUCAAUUUCAGUAAAUAUGUUAUUUAACGUUUAGAACAGAAAUUAAUAUGUGAUGCAGGCCAGUCAGUCGACGGAUAUUUUGAUACCUGAGGACUCAAACUUCACAAAAAACUGAC